AUGAAAAGCAAUUCAACAAUCCAAAGUUCAGGGCUUUGCCAAUCCUACAACAUCGACUAUUGGCCUGUCUCCGUAGCUUACCCACAAGACAAUGGUCAGGUGGAGGUGACUAACAGAACACUACUUGAGGGAGUCAAGAUAAGGUUAGAAGGAGCCAAAGGCAAAUGGGUCAAAGAACUUCCAAGUGUCCUAUGGGCAUACCGAACAACAGUAAGGAUGCCCAUAGGAGAGAGCCCAUUCCGAUUGGCAUAUGGUACCGAGCCCUUGGCACCAGUAGAAGUCCUUGCCAUGUUCCACAGAGUCCUGUAUUUCAACGAACGCACAUACGACGACCGGCUCUGGACAAACUUGGAUUUCAUGGACGAGGUUCAUGAGAAGGCACUGCUCAGGAACGUGGCAUACCAGCAGAGAACGACCAAGUACUACAACGCCAGGGUCAAGGAGAGGCUUUUCCACCAGGGAGACCUAGUUCUAAGGAGGGCUAGAGCAUCACAGCCCAGGAAGGAGGGAAAGCUAUCGGCCAACUGGGAAGGACCCCACAUAAUUUCCAAGCAGAUGCGGCUAGGGACCAACCACUUGAAAACUUUGGGGGGCAAGAAGUAG